UAAACGAAGUCGUUGAUAAGUGACACAUAUUGUCAAAAUUCGCGCCAAAAGUGCAGUGCACCGUAAUUCUUUAAAACUUUUAAUGCUACUAAAUUUGAAAACAUUGUAACAUGUCUACGCCGUCAAAACGUCCCUCAUCUCGUGCAUCUUCAGAAGCGGCCACUCCAUCACGUAGAACUAGAUCUUCACAACAAUUAGUGGUUCCUGAAACUCCACAACAGUCAACCGGCACUCCGUCAAACGAUGGAACUCCAGGUGGUUCCCGUGAUAAUCCCAAUGCGACUCCUCGCACUCCCAGAGGACAGGUGUUGGCCUCAUCACCAGCUCCACACCUGGGUUCCAGCCCUCUUGGGACAGACAUAGACAUGAGCUCUCCAUUGAAUUAUGGCACACCAAGUUCUCUCAGUACACCACGCUCCAUAUUGCGCAGUGUUGGUACUCCCGCAAGACAGAGGGCGGACUUACGAGGGCAUCAGUUCGGAAGAAAUGUGCCAGCGCCAACACCAACUAAGAGACCAGGUGAAACAGGUGAUGUUGACUCAGGGGAGCCGCAACUAGUGGUAUGGGGUACAGAUGUGGCCAUCGCUGAGUGCAGAGACAAAUUCAUAAAGUUUGUGCAACGGUUUGUUGAACCUGAUGCUGUUACUAAUGAACCAUUGUAUGAAACUAAGUUGGAAGAGAUACACACUUUGGAAGAGCCAUUUUUGGAUGUCGAUUGUGAACAUGUCAAAAUAUUUGAUGCCAAACUCCAUCGUCAACUUGUUUGCUAUCCUCAAGAGGUUGUUCCAGCUUUUGAUGCAGCGGUUAACCAAUUGUUCUUUGAAAAAUAUCCAGCGGCUAUAUUGGAACAUCAGAUACAAGUCCGACCUUACAAUGCACCGCAGAGACAUAUGAGGGAUCUCAACCCUGAAGACAUAGACCAGCUGGUAACAAUAAGUGGCAUGGUGAUCCGUACAUCUGGCAUAGUGCCGGAGAUGCGCGAGGCGUACUUCCGUUGUGCGGUGUGCGGCGCGGGCGCAGCGGGCGAGCUGGAGCGCGGCCGUGUCGCCGAGCCCGCACACUGCCAGCACUGCAACACCGCCCACGCCUUCCAGUUAAUACACAACCGCUCACACUUCAGUGAUAAACAACUCGUCAAGCUACAGGAAGCUCCAGACGACAUGCCAGCUGGGCGCACACCGGCGACUGUGGCGGUGAUGUCUCACGGUGCGCUGGUGGAGGCUGUGGGUGCGGGGGAGCGCGUGCGUGUGACGGGCGUGGUGCGCGCCGCACCCGCAGCCGCACAUCCGCGCCGCUCCACACUGCGCGCGCUGCACCGCACUCACAUAGACGCGCUGCACUACCGCCCCAUCUGCAGUGACAGGAUGCUGCACACUGAUGACAAUACCCAGGAGAACCGUUUCCCAGCGGAGCGUGUAGAGAUGCUGCAAGCGUUGUCGCGGCAGGCGGACUGCUACGAGCGGCUGGCACGCGCCAUCGCACCCUCCAUCUACGAGAACCUGGACAUCAAGAAGGGCGUGCUGCUGCAGCUGCUCGGCGGCACUAAAAAGAAUUUCAACGCGGCGGGACGCACACACUUUAGGUCAGAAAUCAACAUACUGCUGUGCGGUGAUCCUGGCACGAGCAAGUCGCAACUGCUGCGCUGGGUGCACGGGCUGGUGCCGCGCGCGCAGUACACUUCCGGCCGCGGCUCCUCCGCUGUCGGCCUCACAGCAUACGUCUCCAAGGAUCCCGACACAAGACAGCUGGUGCUGCAGACUGGAGCGCUAGUGUUGGCCGACAACGGUAUUUGCUGCAUCGACGAAUUUGACAAAAUGAACGACUCAACGCGCAGUGUAUUGCACGAAGUGAUGGAGCAGCAGACUCUAUCGAUAGCAAAAGCGGGUAUCAUCUGUCAACUGAACGCUCGCACCUCCAUACUAGCGGCCGCCAAUCCCGCGGAGUCGCAGUGGAAUAAGAACAAAACUAUCGUUGAAAAUGUACAACUACCGCAUACACUUAUGUCAAGAUUCGACUUGAUCUUCCUAGUACUGGACCCGCAGGACGAGGUGUUUGACCGCCGGCUGGCUGCGCAUCUCGUCUCUCUUUACUACAAGGAUCCCGCCGACGCACAGGAAGACGAGGAAAACAUUAGCACGGGCGUGAUGCGCGACUUCAUAGCGUACGCCAAGGAGUACGUACAGCCCGUACUCAGUGAGCCAGCGCAGCAGCGACUUAUUGACGCAUACGUCGAUAUGAGACGUGUGGGCAGCGGCCGCGGUCAGAUCUCCGCCUACCCGCGACAGCUGGAGUCCCUCAUCCGGCUCGCGGAGGCGCACGCGCGCGUCAGACUCUCGCCUAUUGUUGAAAUUAUUGACGUAGAUGAAGCCGCUAGAUUGCAUCGCGAAGCUCUAAAGCAAUCAGCAACAGACCCUGCAUCAGGUCGUAUCGACGUGGGCAUCCUGACGACAGGGCUGGGUGCGGCGGCGCGGCGCCGGCGAGCUGACCUCGUGGCUGCGCUGCGGGAACUCAUCAAGCCAUACUCCAAACCUCACACCAUCACACAUGCUAAACUGCUGCAAGAUGUUAAUGCUGCCUCACAACUUAUGGUGUCUCGUGAGCAACUGGAUGAGGCACUCCGCGACCUGCAGGACGAGGGGAAGGUGACAGUGGUCAGCCACACGCACAUACGUCUCUGCUGAUCCUAACACAAGGCAAGUGUGAUUAUAUACAUCUUAAAUUGUACACAUUCAUGUAUCACAAGCAGAACUUUGUGUCAGUUUUUUCUUAAUAAUGCUCCUUACCUAAUUAUUUUCCA